AUGGAUGAUCCACACCAAAGAUUCGAAAUCCUCGACUCCCACCUAGGAGAAGGUACUUAUGGCAAGGUAGUCGAAGGAUUUGACAGGCUGCUAAACAAAAAGGUUGCCAUCAAGAAGGUUAUGGCCAGUAUACCUUCUGAGGGGUUGAAUAAGAGCUACAUUGGUAUGGUAGGAAUUCACUUAACAACUAUUAGAGAGGUUAAGAUUAUGAUGGAGCUAAAACACGAGAAUCUGAUGGGUAUUAUCGCAAUUUAUCGGGAUGGAGACUUCAUAAACAUUGUAAUGGACCUCAUGAAGACGGACCUCAAGGCAAUCAUCACUUCCAAAGUGAGAUUACAAGAAUCUCAUAUCAAAUGUAUACUUUACCAAAUACUCCUAGGACUGGAAUACCUGCAUAAAUAUUCAUUUGCCCACAGAGAUUUAUCUACUGGUAACAUAUUUAUCUCUGCUGAGGGUAUAUGCAAAUUGGCGGAUUUUGGCCUUUCUAGACAGACAAUUCUACCUCCUGAUGCUUCAACAAACUAUCAAAGGCCUGAAAAAAUGACACACAAAGUUGUUACCCUUUGGUAUCGGCCUCCAGAGUUAUUACUAGGGGCUGAUUGUUAUCAUACAGCUUGUGAUAUUUGGAGUGUAGGUUGUAUAUUCGCCGAAAUGAUAACUGGGCACCCUUUAUUUCCCGGCGUAAAUGAGAUAGAUCAGCUAAGUAAAAUAUACAAAAUAACUGGUACGCCUAGUGAAGAAAACUGGCCAGAAGCUAAAAGGCUGCCAUAUUACACCGAAUACUCUUUCUCUCGUGGCAAAGAAAUUGAACACUUUGUACCAACUUUGAAUUUGCAAGCAAAGGAUUUGUUACAGCGUUUGAUUAAGCUAAAUCCUCAUGAACGUAUAACGGCCACAGAAGCACUAAAGCAUGAAUAUUUUACAACAGCUCAAUUGCCCUGCAAGCCGAGCCAAUUACCCAUAUAA